AUGGACCAGACACUCCUGGUGGAUUAUGUAGGAGAAAUUGGCCAUGCCUUUAGCACUAAUCACGUACCUAUUAGGUUCAAUGCUGGAAGCUACCAUGGGCUUAUCCGAGCCGACGUGAAUCGAAAUCCUGACAUCAACGUCCAUAAAUAUCAACUGUCCCUCGAUUACGAUGAGUUGAAAACGAAAAAACCUCCUUUAUGA